CGCCAUAUUAGCCACCAUGGGGUAGGCGAGGAUGUGCGACAGGGGUAACACGGGGUGCUUCUUCUUCCGCAAGGAGGGCCGGGGGGAAGUGACAGACAUAAGCGCAAGUCCUGGGAGGCAGGCACCUGCCAACCAGUUGCGCCCCAAGGAACCACCCCCCAUGGUCAUUCAAGGAGACUUCAGGAAGGUGAGCGGGAUCAGUACAGAGAUCUUCAAGCAGAUCGAGACUGUCGAAAACGAUCAUGACGCAUCGACAGCGGCGGCCCUCGAAGCUGUUGAGCGGAGAGGCGAGAUGGUCGUGCGUGUCAUUGAGCCUCGGCAAAUGGGUAGACAGGCUUCCGAGGCGGCGAAAAAAUUUAUUGCUAUGCAGGAUCCUAAGCACCCCAUCCACUUCGUCGAGAUAAUCAAACGACCGGGACAGACCCUCGGCCUCUACAUACGCGAGGGCAACGGCGUCGACAGGAACGACGGGGUCUUUAUCUCUAGGAUAGCUCUGGAGACCGCCGUGUACAACAGCGGCUGCUUGAAGGUGGGCGAUGAGAUCCUGGCGGUGAAUCUGGUCGAUGUGACGCACAUGAGCCUGGACGACGUCGUGAUCAUCAUGUCGAUACCGAGGCGACUCGUCCUGGCCACAAGGCACGGCCCACAUCAACUUGUUUCGCAUAGCCGCCAGACUGAGCACAAGGCACCGCCUGUAGUAGUCAUCAAAAGGGAAUUGAAUGAAGAUGAGAGUGACCACACGACAAGUAAUCACGUCAGGGAUGGCAGUAGUCGUAGACGAGGCGACGGACGUGAAAUGUUGCCGUCGCGAUCAAGACUCGGUCUCACGGGUUUGGGAUCGAGCCAGGAUCUCGGUUCGAGCAACGGUGAUCUGUACUAUAAUUCACGGCCAGAGGGUCACUGGUCCUAUCAACCACCGCCGCCACCGGUUAUCACGCACCAGCCGAAACCUUCAUCGACGCAACAUUUUCAGCCAUACGAGCGCGGCUAUCCGAAGACGUUAGAGAGCUUGGCUGAGAAAGUACACCCUUUCUACACGGGGCCCAUGAUGCCCUCGAAUGGCCGACGUAUGUCGAGUGGUGGAAUGCAAUCAGUCGGUGGCAGAUUGCCGGGCCAAACCACGCAGUCGACCCAUUACGGCUACGGCCAGCAUACCGGAAGCGGAAGGAUCAUGCCGAGGAGUGGUUCCGACCAGCACCUACCCCGAGUCGAUUACACGAGCAUCACGACGCCGGCGCGACAUACCCUUCUUAGAUCUAGCUUGAAAUCAGGUACAUCAGCAUUGCGUUAUAACCCAAGGUACGGACAGACUGAUGUUACGUCCGCCGCGCAGAGGCAAGGACAAUUCGGCACCUUGACGAGGCGACAUCGACCAUCAUUGGACUAUGCCUCCGACACCGAGGCUACGUGUUCCAGUUCGCCGAAAUCAGCGUAUUACUAUUAUAGGCACAAUAUGAACAAUCCAUCUCAAAGCAGCGCCGUGUCACAUUUAGCUACCCUAUCGAGGUCACAAAUCGGUCAGAGUUCCUCAGGUUUAAGAUCAAAUUCACUACCACGAAGCGGUCGGACGUUGCCCCAGCAGCCUGGUCUCAGGUCGGGCCUCAGCACGGUCGCGUCGGGCCUGAUCGAUCAAGAGGACAGCGACGGCGCAUUAUCAGCGCCGGAAUUGCCUUCUAUCAGACGUGACAGGGGCAGGAUACCGUCCUCACCGAGUGUAUUCACGUCGGACGAGUACCGCGCCUGGCUGAGCCGCACGCCAAGUACCAGUGCUCUAUACGAGCAGAUCAGGGCAACUACAAGUAGACCACCCCGUUAUACAUACAGCGCCGAGAACAUUCAUGCAGCCGUCAAUCAGGGUGACUACGGCAGUUACGGUGCAUACAGGCCGCUCUCGACUACGCUUGAUCGCUUGUCGACGAGAUCAGCCUCGGCUCAACAGGUCAAUCUUGCGAAUCUGAGAGCAUCAACGGCGAUUAGCUCGACAUGCCAUCGCGGUACAACGAAUCCGAGGCCAGCCUCGGUGGCUUCGAGCGCGCGCACAUCGCUGGCAGCCCAGAAAGCUUCACUAACAAGCUCCGCGAGUCAACGGGCGACAUCGGUCAGAAGGAUCAGGAACCUGUUGGAUUUGGAGUCAACGAGGAGCAUACCUACCCCAACGCCUACCAGAACUCAGGGUCAAAUACUGCUAGAUAUUAAUCCUGCGGAAUUCCUCAAAUAUAAAAUAGAGAAGCCACCGACUGUGGGCACUCCGAGCUCGACGAGCUCGAUUUUGAGCUCGCUCGGAGAGACGACUGGCGGUGAUUUGGCAAGUGGAGUCAGCGGAUUGUUAUCGGUCCAUCUUUUAGCGGGGCGCGGUCUCCGAUCGACUACGACCUCAUCGGCCGCCACUACACCUUCCACUCCCUCAGGCCAGCCGAAUUUAGCUAGUUGCGGCUUAAGAGACUUGUACUGCGUACUGGAGUGUGACAGGGUGCAUAAAGCGCGCACGGUAGUGCGAACCGGCGAUUUGAUGUUUGACUGGGACGAAACCUUCGAGCUGGAUCUCGUAGGCAAUCGGCAGCUGGAUCUGCUCGUUUAUUCUUGGGACCCACAGUACAGGCACAAACUCUGUUACAAGGGAUCGGUGCAUUUGGCGAGUCUACUAAAGGAAUCGCCAGAACAUCAGCUGGCCGUCAAGGUUGAGCCACGUGGCACGAUUUAUUUAAAACUGCGGUACACCGACGCCCAACAAACUUUCCGUCGAAGGGGUUUGCCGGUCAUAUCCUUAGCUACGAGGGUAGCACCUCUCUUCGGAGUUGAUUUGGAUACAGUGGUAAGUCGAGAAACCAAGACUGGUGGAGUUCCCGGUGGAGUUUCCACAGCUUUAGCGAUGGGAAUCCCGAAUGUUCCAAUUAUUGUAUGGCGUUGCGUCGAAGAGGUGGAGAGAAGAGGACUUGACAUUAUUGGUUUGUACAGACUAUGCGGUUCGGCGACUAAGAAGAGGAUACUUAGGGAAGCUUUCGAGAGGAACGCACGGUCCGUGAAUUUGUCACCCGACAACGUGCCGGACAUCAACGUCAUUACUGGUGUACUAAAGGAUUAUUUACGAGAACUUCCAGAACCUCUCUUCACGAAGUGCCUCUACCAGAUGAUGGUCGAUGCACUGGCCGUCUGUUUGCCGGACGACCCGCAGGGCAAUGCUAAGCUUAUGUUUAGUAUACUAGAUUGCUUGCCUAAGGUCAACAGGUGCACGUUGAUUUAUUUGCUGGAUCAUUUGGCGAUGGUAGUGUCGCAGUGCAAUAAAAUGUCACCAGCAAGCCUCGCCGUUUGCUUCGGCCCGGUAUUGAUGUUACACUCGGAAGAAAACGGACCUUCACUAGAUUUCCAACAACCAAUCGCCGUGCUUAAGUAUUUGUUGGAGAUUUGGCCAGUUAAGUCAGUUCGGAAGACUUCUUCAGUCGGUUCAACACUUCCUCGAGUUAUGCCAGUAGUCGAGCGCAGCAGCAGUCAGCAGCAUCUGCAGCAAGCGCAGCAGCAAGUGCAGCAGCAGCUGCAGCAACAUGUGCAACUGCAGGGAACAUUGGGACGCACAGGGCUGCCUUGGCAGCAGCCACCCUCACUUCAUCAUCAACCCCAAACUACGGUAGCCGCAGUCCUCGGGCCCUCCAUUCGUCCUCCACCACCGGUCAAGCCUCGACAGGUGAUAGUCUCGUCUCCCGGUUCACCUAGCAGCGAGGAGUCAGAGGCCUCACCAGAGCCGAUUAACAAGAGCCUCUUGGGCAGUUUGGGAUAUGAAAAGAGCGACGAGACGACGACGACGACGACGACGACAUCGAGUACGUCGGGUGGCAUCGGCGUCGGCGCCGGUGCGGGCGUUGGCGUCGAGCAGGUGACACCUACAAGCAGCGUUGACACCGAGGAGGGUAAUCCCCAGCAUCCUGAGGAGGGCGAGAAAGGCGUUGAGGGUGACGUCGAAGCGAGCGAUGACGAUCGACAUCAGCAUAUACCCAAGACGCACUAAUUGUGACCCGCCGUCGUCGCGCGAGUGUGCGUAGCGAGCAACGGAGAGGCCACGGAGACGACGAUUCCUCAAGAAUGCAGACAAAUUUGAGAGCUGCUUCAUCAAUUCGUACGUGUAGUAUUGACAGAAGAACAAGCCGAAAGUUGAACCGGCUCAGAAAAUAAACCGAAUUUGCAGAAAGCGACUUAGUUAAUUUCAUUAAAAUUGUUAAUUUUGUAGGGUCAUUUCAUAAAUAUUCUCGAGUUUUCAGGGCUGAGAUCGUUUAGCUCUAAAUACGAGAUAGGAUGAGCAUGUUAAAGUGAUCUGGACGAAAGUCUCGCACGGUGCUAUUCGAUUCAUAAGCAUCUUCGUUACGCACCCCAAAGAGUUACGGUAGUUGAUUGAUUCCAGUUUAUUAUGUUGGGUAUGCUUGCUCGCGAGGAAAAGUUGUUAAAGUUAAAUGAGAGCAAAAAAAAAGAGGAAAAAGCGAAUGGAGAAAUGAUCUAGCUCGGUCAGAGAAAGAGUGUCAUUACAUUAUGCUGGAGCUCUGCUACGUAGUGAAAUAACUAUAGCGAUAGUAAUUUCUCCCUCGAAUGUUACGUCUGGAUUUAUCGCCUCUUCUAAUCGAAAUUAAAUUUCGUAAGAAAUAAAAUGCGAUACGUAAGUACUAUUACUGUAUGUAAUUAAAUAUAGCCGUAAAAAAUGAAAGCGCUACUAAGAUGAUCGAGCAACCAAACGAAGAGGCGUGGAUACUAUGAUUGUUACUCGUCGUAGGAAGAUGAAUCAGGAAUCGAUACCGUUCUGCCAGAAGGGACUUGGACCGAAGCCAAGUACUGUAAGGAGUUAAAGACACUUUACGUUACGUCACUGCUGGGAAAGCGACUCAAAUAAUUCAAACACUGCACAUUCAAUUCUCCAUCAUGUCACAGGAGUUUCUCCGAGAACACGUAAUGGCCUUUCAAGUAAUGGUCUCUCGAAGCAGAUGUUAAAUCGCAGAUGGAUUCAUCACGCAUACCUUGCCUUCGAUGCCCUUUUCUGGGCCACUAAGGGGGAGGAAAAAGAAGAGAAGAAGAUAAGAACGUUGUCCCUCCGCGUCGUCAUCGUCGACAUUACUAACAUCAACACGAUCCACAUGAAUACACAACACACAGAACUUAAGCGAGCCGAUCAACAAAGAGAGGCGCACGUGACAUACAUAAUAAUCAGUUUAUAUGCGAUAUACUAUAUAUACAUAUUAUAUAUACAUACGUAGACUAGUCACGAUAUUACGUGUGUGCUUUUGAUAAAAAACUAUUACUUGUAGCAUUAGCUAGCUCUCGUAUACAGAAACAAAAAAGAUACAUGAACAAACAAACUGAUAAACAAACAAACAGCUAAACUAGAUAUACAUAAUAUACAUAAAAAUGUUAUACAUACGUUGGAGAAGAGGGGAGCGCGAGGACAUGGCGGCGUUUCUAUAUGUCGACAAUAGGCGGAUUCGUUUGGACAUGUUGUGCGUAUAGACAUAAUAUCGGGCAAUCAACUGGCUAUUGUAUCAAUACCGGGCGAUCAAUUGUCCGAGAUUGGGUCGCGAAUGGUUAGAGGAGGUGAUGCAGGGGAAAAGCCGCGGGAAGAACUGACCGAAAAUGAUAAUAAUUACGAGUAAACAGAGAGAAAUGCUACGAAUAAUUACCUAUACUUUUAAAAAGGGAACGUAAAAAUGAGUAAAAAAUAGCCAGUAUUAUUAUACGUUUAAAGCUGUAAAACGACGAUCGAACGAGAGAAAGAGUGCGAGAGUGAACAAAUGAGAGCGCGAGAGAAGGGAGAGACGCGCGAAUGGACUAAUAUUAAGAUAACAAACGAUUAGGUGGAAAAAAAGGAGAAUUAAAUGUAGACGCAGCCGUCGUCGCCGUGAUUGUUGGGAACGAUCGAGCGACGAUGAAAUCACGCACUACAAUCCGAAGCGAAGCCACGAGCGCCCGAUCGUAACUAAUUCUCAUAGUUAUCGCUGUAAUACAUCGUUAUCGCAUGAUCUCGCUCGUGGCUUGGUUCGUGGUGAAGAAAAAGAAGCAUUGUAAUCAGUAUAAACACGCACGUAUAAAUAGAUAUUAUACACAUCCGCGUAAUCACAUCUUUCCGCACACAGUUAGCGUUAUCGCGCGAGAAUAUUUAAGGGUUUAGGGCGAAGGGCAAGUCGACGGGGCGAGAGGAAGACGGAGAGAGGGGUAAAGUUUUAAUUGAAGUAGCCGCGAAACCAAGACUAAUUGUAUAGCUGAAUGUAACGUGUACAUAUAUACGUAUACAUAUACGAGUCGCAAUCCUAGCUGUAUUUCCAGCCCCAGACUGUGUGAAUGUCGUUCGAUGUGCUUGCGUGCCUGCGUGCGAGUGAAUGCCGGGUACCGAGGUGUCCUCUUUCGUUU